AUGGCAGAACAGCAUAAACGUCCUCGUGAAGACGAUCUUCCGACGUUUGACGAUCCAGCAGACCUUGUCAAUGCGGUCAUCUCGACGUUGCAAAUCCCCGAGGAAAGAACAAACGUAGCUACUGACUACGCUAACGACAAGAACUUGGCCACCGAAGUCCAGGCCUACGCCAAGAUCGCUGGCCGUGACUGGACGUAUUACGUUAGAUCGUUAUCUAUUUCGAUCGGAAGAAACACAGAAAACAAUCAGGCUAACCCACCUCCAAGUCAACAAAAUGUCAACAUUGAUUUGGGUCCUGCCAAGGUCGUUUCUCGACAGCAUGCUGCCAUCAAGUAUAACAUGGACUUGAAGUGCUGGGAGUUGAAGGUUCUUGGUAGAAAUGGUGCUAGGAUCGAUGGCAACAAGGUACCUGUAGGCGCCGAACAUGCUACUCCUUUGCAUUCAGGUGCUAUAUUGGACAUUGGUGGAACACAAAUGAUGUUUAUUUUGCCUGACGCUCCUCCAAGCAUACUGCAAAAGAUGUUGAGUGUAUGCUUGUCUCGUUACAAACUGAACAGUAACAAAAUGCCCAACGUCUCCAACAAUCUCCCGAGAAACACGACCAUGCAUCAACCUCUGAAUUCCAUGAGACUGUUUUUAGGAGUGACAGGGUUCCAGAUGUUUGACAAAGCUAAUUUGACAAACUCUCCGUCUGCAGUUUCUGCAGUUUCCUUACAGAAUAAUUUGGACCAGGACUUGUCCAAGGAAGACGCCAAGGACAUCAAGCCUCCAUACUCGUACGCUACCAUGAUUACACAAGCAAUUCUUUCCAAUCCCGACGGUGUCAUGUCUUUGUCUGAAAUCUACAAUUGGAUUUCUUCCCAUUACGCAUACUACAAGUAUUCUAAGGCUGGAUGGCAGAACUCUAUCAGACAUAAUUUAUCGCUUAACAAAGCUUUUGAGAAAGUGCCUAGGCGACCAAAUGAACCAGGUAAGGGUAUGAAGUGGCAGAUCAGCGAGUCUUACAAGGAAGACUUCAUGAAGAAAAUCCAGAACGGCACGUUGCUGAAAUCCCGCCGUGGUUCGUCAGUUUCUCGAACUUUGCAAAUUCAUCUCGCUACUCACCAGAGUCUCCCGGAAUCCCAAGGAUUCAGUAACGAAAAUAGGCAGAUGAUGGACUACCGUGGCACUCCAAACGGCGACCACAUGUAUCAAAAGAUUAAUCAACCAAUGCCUUAUACUGGCCUCCCGCCAAACCAGAUGCAACCUCAGAUGAAUUACGGUGGCCAAUCAAUGAACGGAUACUCGAUGCAGCAGUUUAAUGGUCCACCAGGUUUUUCUGGUAACCCCCAAAUGCCCAACCAACCACAAUUACAGCAUCAUCACCAACAACAACAACAUCAACAACAAUUCAUGCCCACACUAGGUGGCGAUAACAAGACUCUCGCUUCACCCUUAAAGCACAAUCCCAGAGCUGAUUCAAAUACUCCAAAACUCCCCAAAGUCGGCAGCAAUCAUGUGUUCAACUUACCUCCUCCUACUCCAGGUGCUAGCCAUCAAGGGAACUCGAACUUUGCUUUCAGAGGUAAUGAGCAAGCAUCUCGUGCAACCGAGCACGCUAACGGAAAUGAUGUAGCGAACAGCACAUCGCAGGGUAACAUAAGCGAGAUUCAACAGAGCUCAACUGCACCAACUACUUCUAAUACUUCAGAGCUUGGGAUUGGUUACACUUCUCCAAAGAAGAUUACACCAUUAGAAGCAUUUACUCCUGAAAGAGGAUCGCGAGCUUCUGGCAUGAAGCUUGGGCUUCCUAACAACGGUAACAAUGUGACUCAGUCGUCUCCAGCUUUUUGGAAUUUUGUGCAGUUUAGUACCCCGAAUGGCCAAACACCUGGAAGAAAGAAUAGCGACGAGAGUAACGAUCAAGCUAGCCCAACCCACCUGCGGAGGCCAACAAAUGUCAAUGACGCUAAAGAGAUCUCCGACUCGAAGGUAAAUGGUCUGCCUGGCAAAACUGUCACCCCGCCCAAGUAA